AUGUCGGGAACAGCAAAAAUAGUGACGGCCGAGGACCAGGCGCUUCUCAACAAGUUCGCGCGAUCGUUUCAAGUGCAAACUCAGCUGAAAGUAAGCAAAAAUCCGGGAAAACAUGGCGAAAUUGAUAGUUUUCAGACAGAUCUCGAGAACGCAAAGACGCAAGUGGAGAAUAUCAGCGAGGCGAACGACGAGAUUCUGAUGCUAGACGACGAGGACGCCGCGUCGAUUCCGUGCCGCAUCGGAACCAGCUUCGUUCAUUUCAACGGGGUAAAUUUGGAAAACUUAAAAAAGCAGAAUGACAGCCCAUCUGUGGAUUUUUUCAAGAAAAACACGAUUUUGUAGUUUUUCAAUUGAAACCGCUAGCGAAAAGUAGAUAAAACGCGGAAAUUUCUUGUCUGUAUCGUGCCGCUGCAAAAUUAUCAGCAAUAGAGCGCUUUUUUUUAAAUGUCUCUAAAAAUUCCUUUUCUUUUCAGGACAGCCUGACGGAGCAUUUGGAGGGCAAAAAAGCGGAGGCGGAGAGCGUGGUCGCACAGAAAUCGGUCGAAUUGGAGGCGAUCACGGCCGAAAUGGAGCGAAUCAAGAAGGUGCUCUACGCAAAGUUCGGCGAUCAAAUCAAUUUGGACGCCGAAGACUGA